AUGGGCUUCUGCCUCUGCGCCCGUGGAGGAAGCAGAGGACACUUGGGGGGAGGGGGAGGGGUGGAACACAUCAGACAUGAGGAGAGAGCAGAGGAGAGAGGGGGGAGAGGAGAGAGGAGUGAGGACGGAGGACAGAGGAGAGAGGACAGAGAAGAGAGGACAGAGGAGAGAGGACAGAGGAGGGAGGACAGAGGAGAGAGGACAGAGGAGGGAGGACAGAGGAGAGAGGACAGAGGAGGGAGGAGAGAGCAGAGAGGACAGAGGAGAGGGAGGAGAGAGGAGAGAGGAGUUAGGAGAGAGGAGAGAGGACAGAGGAGGGAGGACAGAGGAGAGAGGACAGAGGAGGGAGGACAGAGGAGAGAGGACAGAGGAGGGAGGAGAGAGGAGAGAGGACAAAGGAGAGAGGACAGAGGAGAGAGGACAGAGGAGGGAGGACAGAGGAGAGAGGACAGAGGAGGGAGGACAGAGGAGAGAGGACAGAGGAGGGAGGAGAGAGCAGAGAGGACAGAGGAGAGAGGACAGAGGAGAGAGGACAGAGGAGAGAGGACAGAGGAGAGAGGACAGAGGAGAGAGGAGGCUGACACUUUCUGA